AUGUAUGGAAAUCGAGUUCGUAUCAGUGAUGCGAUCAAAACAAGCUCUAAAGAGAAUUCGGAUUCGGAAGAUUCCACUAGUUCAAGUAGCGGAAAAACUGUGGAAUUGAAUAAGGAGAAUCGACAUGAAUCCAUUGGAAGUGAACACACUGAAAAUGAAGAGGAGAAGUCGAGUUCAUAUGGAUCAACAGAAACCGAAGACAGCGAAGAGGAGAGAUCAAAAGUCGUUCAAGAUUUAUUAAAAUCUGAUGAAUCUGAUAAAAGUAUGAAAGAAAGCGAUGAAGAGAAUUCGGAGGAAAGUGAUAAGGAUUCAAAUGGAGAAGAUGAUAAAUUUAUUAUAGAAAUGGUUGAAAAGCUGAUUAGCAAACGAGAUAAAAAAAAUAAUGCCGCUAGAAUCCAAUGGUUACGAUUUAAACGUGAACAAAAGGAAAUAGAAGAACGUGAAAAGCAAUUCAAAGCUUAUUGGGAACGAAGGCAUCGGGAGGAUAAAGAUUUGUGGCGAGAUAAAGACUUUGCAAAUGCAGUGGAUAAAAUGAGUAGAGCUGGAUAUAAAGGAGAGCACGGGAAUUUCGAAGUUCCACAGGAGAUAAUUCGAGAGUUGGACGCACUUUAUAUGCAAAUCACCUUUUUAGGAAAAUCAAGAAUUGAGUGUCAAAAAGAAUUCAUUCAAUUAACAAAUAAAACAAUAACAAAAUAUGGUUGGAAUCCUCCGGAGGGUUGGCGUUGA